CAAAUAUAUCAGCGCCAUUUUUCAGAUCCAAAAAUUUCAAACAUUCAAAAAAUGAAAACCAGAGGAACCAAAAAAGCAGCAGCGCCCGAUUUUCUCUCGUCGCCGGCGGAGGCGAGUCCGGAUAUAUCGCUAACUGAUUCGCCUCCGAUCAAAUUCUCUUUCAAUCUCGACGGCUUUAAUAAUGCUACUGGUAAGAGUACCACUUCUGCGAAGAAGACGAAGCGAAAUGACGUGGUUAAUAAGAUCUCUGCUGCUGCUGCUGCUUCGGUGCCUGCUGGAGCGUCGUUGCCGAUGAAUUCGAUCGCCGAUCUUAAGGCGCUCGCGUCGUCGCAAUUGGAUGCAGUGAAGCGGCAAUUUGAACGAUCUCACUCUGAUUUUCUUAAGGAUGUUGAGGCUUUUCACUCUCGUCUCCAUAAAAGACUUAAGAUUCAAACACAAGGAUGUCAGCAAGCAAUGGAUGAAGCUGAGAAGGAAUAUAGGAAGAUUACUGAGAAGAUUAGUGAAAGCCAGGACGCAAUGAAGGCAUCAUAUAUGGAGUUCAUAGCAGAAGCACAGGCUAGUGCAUCUCGUGUUUGCAAAACCUCUAUUCCCGAGCUUGCACAGUCCUUGGAGAAGUCUGUUGAAAGUCUUCGUAGCCGUUAUGGUAAUGCAUCAACUUCAGGAUAGCAUGCCCAUUGCCAGUCUGCUUGUAUGUUAUGGGUUUGUUCAGGUCAACUGGCAGAAGAGUGCAACAGUUAAAUGUAACUAUACAGCAGCAGGGAUGAUGCAGUUCGUCAUUACCAUUUUGUUCUUCUUUGCACAGAUCUUGCUUUAAACUCAAAGUGUACAAUCAGUUUGGGCUGAUAGUUGCAUCUUAGAAAAUUAUACUGUAAACUUGUUUCUACAAUAUAUUGAAGAAUUAUUGGCUUGUA